AUUUGAUGGAUAUUGUUUAAUCGUAAAAAUCAUUAUCAUGUAAUUCUCCUGGUUUAUAAUGAUUUUCUUCUGGAUCGAGCUUGGAAAUGGAGAUUAAUGAAGCUUCUGAGGUGUAGAAGUCAAUCACGUGUGUAAUCGAUUGGGGAAUUUGCAACCUCAAGUGUUCUUCGGCCUACUUAGGGUUUGGAAGAUGCUAUCCUGUUCUUUCGGAUGUUGACUCCGAUACUUCAGUAAAUUACAGCAAGAAGGAGUUCAGAGUUAUAACCAUUCCUAAAUAUCAGUGUUCUGUCAUCUGAAUGACAAGGGACGUCCUCAUGAGCAUUGCUGGUGAUGAUAAAGAAUUUCAAGAAUUGGCUCAGCGUCUGCAAGAUGGUAAAAAACCACCAAAGAGGGAGCUGCUGGGACGGACAUAAUUUCCAUGAGGAUGAUGAGUUAAAAAGUAAUGGAACAGCUGAAGAAGUUAAAGUGGGACAAGAUGGAAUUGUGGAAGCUCCAGCCGUUCAGCAUAUGCCACAACAGCAACCUCAAGGGGCAAUUUGGGAGAGGUUCCUACAUCUCAGAUCACUCAAGGUCUUGCUUGUGGAGAUUGAUGACUCUACUCGUCAUGUUGUUGCGGCACUGCUUCGCAAUUGUAGUUAUGAAGUUAUUGAAGCAGCAAACGGAUUGCAAGCAUGGAAGAUCUUGGAAGAUCUAACCAGUCAAAUAGAUCUUGUCUUGACUGAGGUAGCUAUGCCUUGCUUAUCAGGCAUUGGCCUUCUGUCCAAAAUUAUGGGCCAUAAAACGCGGAAAAACAUUCCAGUAAUUAUGAUGUCAUCUCAUGACUCUAUGGGUUUAGUCUUUAAGUGUUUGUCAAAGGGUGCCGUUGACUUUCUAGUGAAACCUAUUCGGAAGAAUGAGCUUAAAAACCUAUGGCAGCAUGUGUGGAGAAGAUGUCAUAGUUCAAGUGGUAGUGGAAGUGAAAGUGGCACACAAACUCAGAAAUCCAUUAAAUCAAAGAGUGUUGAGAAGUCUGAUAACAACAGUGGCAGCAACGAUGAGAAGACAAUGGUAGUGUGGGUCUUAAUAACGGGGAUGGAAGUGACAAUGGUAGUGGUACUCAGGUAUGACUGUUUCUUCGUUCAUUGAAUAGGCCUUAAGAUU